GAAGAAAGAAUAUGACAGAAGAGAACCAAACUGUCAUCUCCCAAUUCCUGCUCCUGGGCCUGCCCAUUCCCCAAGAGCAACAACAGCUGUUCUAUGCCCUGUUCCUGGCCAUGUACCUCACCACUGUCCUGGGAAAUGUCAUCAUCAUCAUCCUCAUUCUACUGGACUCCCAUCUCCACACACCCAUGUACUUGUUUCUCAGCAACUUGUCCUUCUCUGACCUCUGCUUCUCCUCUGUCACAAUGCCCAAAUUGCUGCAGAACAUGCAGAGCCAAGGCCCCUCCAUCCCUUAUGCAGGCUGCCUGGCACAACUGUACUUUUACCUGUAUUUUGCAGACCUUGAGAGCUUCCUCCUUGUGGUCAUGGCCUAUGACCGCUAUGUGGCCAUCUGCUUUCCCCUUCAUUAUACCAGCAUUAUGAGUCCUAAGCUCUGUGUGAGUCUGGUGGUUCUGUCCUGGAUGCUGACCACAUUCCAUGCCAUGCUGCACACCCUUCUUGUGGCCAGAUUAUCUUUCUGUAAGAACAAUGUGAUCCCACACUUUUUCUGUGACAUAUCUCCUCUGCUGAAGUUGUCCUGCUCUGACACACAUGUUAAUGAGUUGGUGAUAUUCAUCAUGGGAGGGCUUGUUAUUGUUAUUCCAUUCCUUCUCAUUGUCAUGUCCUACGCACGAAUCGUUUCCUCCAUUCUUAAGGUUCCUUCUGUUAAAGGCAUCCACAAGGUCUUCUCCACCUGUGGGUCACAUCUGUCUGUGGUGUCUCUCUUCUAUGGGACAAUUAUUGGCCUUUACUUAUGUCCAUCAGCUAAUAACUCUACUGUGAAGGAGACUGUCAUGGCUAUGAUGUACACAGUGGUGACACCCAUGCUGAACCCCUUCAUCUAUAGUCUGAGGAACAGAGACAUGAAGGGGGCCCUGGCAAGAGUUUUUUGUAAGAAGAAAAUUCCAUUCUGUCUUUGA